UGCCUCCAAUCAGCAGCAGCACAGCUUCUCAACAUGACAGCAGAGACGCAUGAAAACACGACUGCUGCUAUUUUUACGCCUUUCUUUAGAGAAUCAUACAAACCUUGGCGGAAGCUGUCAGUCAUGUCUGGCAACUUUGUUCUCUUCUCAAGACUCUUUGUGGGGAUCUGUGCUGCUGUCAUACUGAUUGUCAUGUGUUCACACGCUGCAGGAGCCAGUCCAGCAGUACCUAUAAUCCAAAAGACGGUGAAGUACAGGAUCCUGAGACGACUCGGUCCUGAGCAACGGGUUCCCUUCUUAGCUGGUCAGCUGGGCGAAGAACAAGAAGUCCAAACACCAGCAGACGCCCUGUUGAUCAGCAAUCAUCAGUCCUAUCCUGUCCACUUUACUCAAGGUAGCUUUAGUUACAGUCAGAACAGCCUCGAUAAGACGCGGCCUCGAGUGAAAAUAAUCAAACUACAGAGAGGUGGAAUGAUGAGGCCAGGAAGCAGCAUUUUCACCACUCAUUCCCCGUACAAAGAACCAGGGUUUGAUGAAUCCAGAAUGCCUGACGACAGUCUUCCUCAGAAAGAUGAAAACACUGAAAAUACAUACAACUCUAACAUUAACUGGAUUAAACAUCCAAAGAAAUCUGGCAGCGAAGGAGGAAUCCCAAUGACUCCCCUAUCAAAGGUAGAUGAAGACAAGUCUGCAAGAAAGUUGAAUUCUGUUUUUCCUUCCCAGGCAGGUAGACUUCAGAGUGCUCAACUUCUAACCCAAAGGGGGCUUGGCAGUGACCUUUUGGAAACAAAUCUGCUUCCCACGGUCAGAGUCCAGAGCGGUGCCGGUAGGAUGCAACUAAAAAACUUCUUUGACUUUACAGAUCAGUUUUGGGGUGGUGCUCAAUCUCUCAGCAACAGUUUAAGCGUUAUUAAACGAAACCCAAGCCAAGAAAAGCCAACAUCCAUCUCAAAAUUCCCACAGAACCAAAACUCUGUAAGCAGUAAAGAAAUUCUGGAACACAAUAACAUCCAGUCGUAUCUCUUUAAAGAAUCUCCAGCUCAGAUUUACACCGUGAAGAAUGUUGGGCAAAAAGCUUUUAGAGGACAGAGAAAUACUGCUAAUUGGGCCCCGAAACAAAGCCUUUCUGGGACACAAGAGAAAAGUAGAUUUAUUUCUAAUCUCAAUCAUUUUACCAGAACAGACCCAAAGAAGGAGGAAUCUGGAGCCCAAAUUGGUUUUGGUAGACGUCAGGUCAUUUUCUAUCCCACUCCACACAAGGCUGCUGCCCCUACACCAGGUUUCCUGCAUCCUGUUUCAGAGAACAAGAAUCGGCAAAAUCUUGUCUCUGCAGUUCAUUCUCAAGAUAGCAGAAAGGCAUUUGGUGUACUGCAAGACCGAGUCAACGUGACUUCAAAAGAGUUGAGACUGGAGUGCACAGCAGGUCAGUCUGUUGAAAGAUUUCAUCGCCUCGAUGGGCUCACCAACCCUGAGAGGAAACCUGAGGAGACGUCUGGUCCGUCCUCUGCAGAGAGAACACAGUGCACCCUGGAUAAAGGAGUAGACACUGGGUUUAAAUUUUCAAAUGCUUAUCCUUUAUCACAAAAGUACAGCUUUGGCCAGAGAAGACCUGCUGCUACAACUACCACACCAGCUAAACUGGGCAUGGUAAAAAUGAGUCCACCUUCUCCUGUAACCCAAGUCAGCAGUACAACCACUGUUCAACCCUUCACGUCAAUGCUCAAAAGUCAGCAGCCUGAAACUGGGGCAAGCAUGAACAGAAAUGAGAACAGAUUCAGGCCCUACAAGGGAAGGUUUGGUCUAGAAGGAUAUGGCAGCCAACCACUUGAGGGAGCCAAAGCUUUACCUCAGAGCACAGACUCACCCGUCAAACCCAAACCAAGUUUCAAAGCGUUUGAACUCAGGAGCUCUGAGGUCUCCAGACCCAAACCCAUCAUGAUUUACAGAUUGUACAAUCAAAGAGACGACAAGGAGCCAGGUAGCAGUGGUGACUUUAAAAUGCCUCCAGAAAUUGUAAGAGCAGAUGGCUCAAUCUCAAGAUUUACAUCCAACAAGGCCCACAUUCUUCAGAGGUUUCUGCCCAGUAAAAACCGAACUGUAGGCACUCGCAGCAGAACCAGCUGGAAAUUUCCAGCAUGGAUUUCUCCAAUAGUCUCUUCAUCUCUUCAUCUGAGCUCACUAGAGCAGUCCACAGACGAACUGAAACCGAAAGCAGCUGACGGAAACAAUCCUGCUGCAGAGGAGGUGCCUAAGUUCAGGACCCUCACCAGCCGCACAGUGAGGGGCAAACGGGUGAAGCUGACCCAAACUGGCAGUAGAAGGUUCCUCAGACCCAUCGCCAUCAAUUCAACGGGCAACUCGGUCAUACGCAGGCUGCCCAGGGUGAAAGCCGUCACGUACGAGGACGUCCUGGGAAGUGCUUCGUUCAGCAGUGUGAGGUCUCCGGGUCGUCAUCAGGAUCGUUUCCCAAACGUGACGACUGUUCGGGGAGAAGGCUGGAGCUCAAAAUCAGAUGAUGUCAAGAACAUGAGCAGAAGUCCUAAAGCAAACGUCACCAACGAGGAGACGGCGAGUGUUUAUAGGAAGGAAGAAGCAGACAAUGAAGUAGAAACGUCAGAUUUGUUUUUCGAGAGUGAAGGAAGUGGAAAUUUGGAUUUGUCCGACGUUUUAUCAACCGCCUCAGAGAACGGGCCAGCAGGAAAUGAUCUGCUGGAGCUCGACUACCUCCGAAAAUCCACUGGCAACGUCUCCUUCAAAUCGCUGAGUAAAUCACAUCUGGAGCAGCAAUAGAAAUGUGCUGAAAUGUUCCCUUUAUGGAGCAGCUC